GGCUUGGCGUGAUCCUUUCACUCAUACCACUCCGCCUCGAAGGCAGUGUCCCGCUCCUUGACGACGACAUCUCGAAACAUCGAGUCCGACCCCGAUCAUGUCCAACCCAUCAACCAUACUCGCGCCGUCUCCUGCCGCAGGUGCACGUCUGUCCAACGAACGAUCCAAAGAAGAACUGGAACUCGCCGAACGCUUGAUCGAACACUCACAAGGCAUCCAACAUGGCCCAACGAUAGCCGAUCGUCGCACUACACCAUCAACAGUAGACGGCGGAAGCAGAAGUGGUGGAGAUGUCGAACGACUGUCGGAUGACGGAGGCAGUGAGACGAGUCUCUCGGCGCAACAACAACAACAACAACUUACACCACAACACUCGCAUCACCAGCAACAACAGCAGAAUCUACAACUACCGUCCAUCCACGAACUCACGUGGGUAAAACAGAGGAAACCCUUCAACACAGGCAUGGGCGGAGCCGGCCAAGUGUGCAGUAACUGCGGUACAACGCGAACACCUUUAUGGCGACGCUCACCAGCCGGCGACACGAUAUGCAACGCCUGCGGACUCUACCUCAAAGCACGAAACCAAAUGCGCCCCGUCAAUCUAAAACGAGGAGCUCAAACAUCCCCCUCCGGCCAACAGCAACAACAAGAGCAAUCGACGACAGCGUCGGGCAAUAGGAAGAGCUCAUCACCGUCGGCGGCCAAGCAGCUCGGAGGAGCAACAUACGUCGCCGACACGACAUCCAACGGCACAUGCCCCGGUGGAGGUCGCUGUAAUGGCACAGGAGGCCACGACGGCUGUAACGGAUGCCCUGCAUACAACAACCGUGUGAGCAAGACGGCACAGAUCGCUCUGGCGCAAGCAAACGACAGUCGCGCGCACGGCCAGCCUCCCGGUCAACACGCCGCCAGCCAGAGCCCGUACCCGCACGCGCAAAACAGCCCCGGUCCCGGCCCCAGCCAAGCGCCCGCUGCCAAUGUCACCGUGGCCUGCCAGAAUUGUGGUACGACAAUUACGCCAUUGUGGAGACGCGACGACAACGGACACACCAUCUGCAAUGCCUGCGGUCUCUACUACAAGCUCCACGGUGUCCACCGCCCCUCCGGCAUGAAGAAGUCGGAGAUCAAGCGUCGUCGCAGAGUCAUGCCCGCUACCAACGAUCAACAUCUCGCUCCUUUUUCCGUCAACAACUCGCAGCCCAUCUCACCUCCGCCUGAGCCCGCAGCCCAGAGAUCUGUUCCGCCAUACUAUCCCCAGUCGCAACAACAACACCACCCCGAACACUCGCAUGCUCACACUCACCACCUCCCGCCUCCUGCUUCUCUCGAUGCCCCUCGUCACCAUCGCGCCCCCAUCGCUGUCGACUUUACGCAUUUCGGCAAGCCAUCACGCCCGAUAUCGGCCGAACAGCCCGAAUUCGCUCAUGCUUCGACUCUACCCAUCUCGCGCAAACGUUCCUUCUCAAUCAGUAACGCUUCCGAUCAAGUGCGCCAGCCCCUUUCGCCAGCAUACCCUCGUAGCGAUCGCAGUCAAAGGAGCGAAGCAGAAAACAUUGAUCCUUCCCUGUCUGCUCCACCGCCCGCUCCUGGCUCCACUAGCUCCAUGCAAGACUACAAAGCUCCUCUGGCCGUCAUGGGCGUUGCCGACCUCUCGCAGCAGAGCCAACCAUCGCGACAAGAGAAGAAAGCACGACUGGAACAAGAGAUGGCAAUGAUGAGGGCAGCGCUCAUGGCUAAAGAAAGAGAAAUGGCAGAGUUGAGCGACUAGUAAUCACGACAUUCACGAUUUCCUUUAUUGUUUUUGCAUGGCCUGGGCUUAGGUGGCUCUUUAUGAUAUCUGUACUUUUCAGCGUAGCAAGACGGCACGCUUGGGGAGGUAAAACCCGGCUCGACUUUUCGCUUCUAUUCGAGUUCAAAGGAGCUGGGAGACAAAGGUUGCAUUUCGCAGUGUGCAUACAAGAGCUGGGUAUGUAGGUAGCUACAGUGCAAAACUA